AUGUCCAUACUUCACAAAUUAAAGGCAACGCCAGUGUACCUGUCGGAAAUCGCUCCACCCAGAUGGCGCGGCGCAUUCAACACGGGGUUCCAAUUCUUCAUCGGAAUCGGCGUGGUGUUGGCGAACUGCAUAAACUACCGCACGGCGAGGGUCCCAUGGGGGUGGCGCGUGUCCCUGGGCCUGGCUACAGUCCCCGCAAUCAUCAUGACAAUCGGCGCAUUUCUAAUCCCCGACACUCCCAGCAGCCUAGUAGAGCGCGACCACAUAGACCAAGCCCGAAACGCCCUCCGCAAAGUCCGGGGAUCCACCGUCGACGUGGAACCCGAACUCCAACAACUCAUAAAAUCCUCGCAGGUUUCGAAAGCCAUGGAAAAUGAAAGCAUUACGACCAUUUUUGAGGAACAGUACCGGCCUCAGUUGGUGAUGGCGUUCGCUAUUCCGCUUUCUCAGCAGCUUACGGGGAUCAACAUUGUGGCCUUCUAUGCGCCAAACCUUUUUCAGUCUGUGGGCUUCGGCAAUGACUCCGCGUUGCUCUCCGCCGUUAUACUUGGACUCGUCAACCUGGCUUCCAUCCUUGUCUCAACUGCGGUUGUCGAUCGCUUUGGCAGAAGAUUCUUGUUCAUAGCCGGUGGCGUUCAAAUGCUUCUCUGCAUGCUCGCGGUGACUAUUGUGCUGGCAGUGGUGAGUGGUGUACAUGGUACCGAGCACAUUUCAAAGGGCAAUGCCAUAGUGGUACUAGUAUUAUUGUGCUUCUACGCUGCAGGUUUUGGUUGGUCCUGGGGCCCUCUUUGCUGGCUAAUUCCAAGUGAGAUUUUCCCCUUUAAGAUAAGAUCCAAUGGACAAAGCAUAGCCGUGGCAGUGCAAUUCUUAACCGUCUUCGUUCUAUCCCAGACAUUCUUGACAAUGCUUUGCCACUUCAAGUUUGGGGCUUUUCUCUUCUACGCGGCUUGGAUUGCAAUCAUCACCAUCUUUGUCAUACUGUUCUUGCCCGAGACCAAAGGAAUUCCUUUGGAUUCAAUGUAUGCAAUAUGGAGCAAACACUGGUAUUGGCGAAGGUUUAUUGUUAAAGGACAACUUACCCAAGAUAAUCCUUCCAAUGAAUAA